AUGGAUUCCACACUGAAAGACUCUUCUCCAUCAGAUUCAACGGUUAAACAGUGGAUUUCUGAAUUUAAGAACUGUCGCACGAACACUUCCGACGAACAACGUUCUGGACGCCCCGUUAAGUUCGCAACUCCCGAAAUAAUCGAAAAAAUUCAUAAAAUGAUGCUAGAGGACCGCAGGUCGAUGGCUCAAAUCAACGAAUUGAAGUGGAAUUUAUUUUUCCAUCCACCAUAUUCACCAGGCUUGGCCCCCAGCGACCAUCAUUUAUUCCCUAACCUUAAAAAAUGGCUCAGAGGUAAGGAAUUUCGGAGAAAUGAGGAAGUCGUCGACGCUGUAAAUAAUUAUUUCGAGGAACUUGACAAAUCAGGCUAA